CCUCUUUCUCUUUCUCCUCCCCCCCUCCUCUCCUCUCCUCUCCUCUUCUCUCCUCUCCUAUCCUCCCUCCAGAGAGCAACAGGUCUAAAUCCUGUGCAGGAGCUUCGCAAAGCUUGUGACACGAAGGGCCUGAACCGCAGACUUAACAGAUUCAUUUUAUUUCGUGCAUCGUGUGUAAAAUUUCUGUUUCGACAAUGAUGUUUCGGACGGCAGUGGAGCACUGCAAGAGGCACCCUGGACUCAUCCCUCAGCUCUUCUUCAUUUGUCUGGGGAUGGGUGGAGCGUCUUUAUAUCUGAUGCGUCUGGCCAGAGGACCCCAUGUCACAUGGAACAAGACUGAAAACCCCGAACCAUGGAACAAACUUGACCCUACUUACCAGUACAAGUUUGUGGCCAUCACAACAGACUAUAAAAACCUGAAGAAAGAAGGACCAGAGUUCUGAAUGCGUGACAAGCAAGUGAAGAUCCCGACCCGGCAUCAGAUUCACUCAACCUGCUGACCAGGAAUCAAUCCUGGGGACGCGUACGCAAACUGAAAAUCGUAGCAUUUCUACAUGCUGGAGAGACACAACACACAACUGCGCCAUGCUUUAUACCAGUGGUUUCACAUAUUUAAUCUCUUAAUUACCAUUCAGGUAUCAUCAUAUUGUCUUUUUUCUUUUGUAUGACUCCCAAACACUAAUUCAGGAGUCUCCUCGAUGUGUUUUUCAUGCCGCACAGAAAUGUCCAGAGCUGCGUGCGACGCUCAUACGUGCUUCUUUUCAGUUUCUGCAGGUUAAACAGAACUCAAGGUCUUCUGCUGCUGUAAUGUUGUACUGUUUUCUGCAAGUAGGAAGCUUCAACUUUACCAGCUUUUCAUAAAAUGACACUGAACUGUUCAAGUUCAUAUCAAUGUGACCAGCCCGCGCGUAUUUCUUCACAAUUGUCACAUGAUUUUAAGUUUCACAGCCGCUAAAAUUUGCCUGUUGUUGUGCAUUAAAUUAGUUGGAUUCUUUCAGUAAAUAAACAAUUGAUUCCUGUUUGGA